UCUCAUCUUCUUCACUCUUCUUUUCUUUUCUCCCAUUUUUUCUUCUUUUCUCUUACCAUCAUCAUAAUCAUGCCGAUCAACGAUCAAAACAGACCCAUGGCUCAAAAGCUCUACGACUCAGCUCCGUCGUCUCGCCAGGUGGCUAAGUUCUUGACCGCCUCGACGUUGGGCACAACGCUGCUUUUCUUGUCUGGGUUAACCUUGACCGGGACGGUCAUUGCCUUGAUAAUAGCUACGCCGUUGAUGGUUAUCUUCAGCCCGGUUCUAGUCCCGGCCGGGAUAACCAUAUUCUUGGUGACGACGGGGUUCUUGUUUUCGGGCGGGUGUGGAGUGGCGGCAUUAACGGCGUUGUCGUGGAUAUACAAUUACGUGCAAGGGAAACACCCACCAGGAGCUGAUCAGCUCGAUUACGCAAGAAACAAGCUGGCAAGUACGGCUAGGGAUAUGACAGAGAAGGCUAAGGAAUACGGACAGUAUGUGCAGCAUAAAGCGCAAGAGGUGACUCAAGGGCAAGCAUCUUGAAUUUAGGGUUUUAAGAAUGGGGGGGGGUGUUGGGUUGUUUGAGAUGUUUUAUGCUUUGUUUGGUUGGUGUUUCUCUUUGCAUGCAUUCGCAGAUCAUAUGUUUUAAGCUUUGUAAUUUGUAAGGGAUGGUUAUUAGCAUAGAAGAUUCUGGUUUCUUUGUCAAUAAAAAUGCAAGAAGAUUGUAAAACCGAGAUGACUUCAAUCUUCUUUUUUA